CUCGCUGGCGGGGACCCGGACACGGAAGCGUCGGCUUUCGAUCCAGCGAAUCCAGCGGCUGUCCCGUCCCUCGCUAAGCUAACCAAACGACGCCGCGCCGUCGUACGACGAUCGAAUCUACCAAUCGUCGCCCACCGAAUCCAGGCUGCAACGGCAGGAGUAGGAGGAGAAUUUUCAACGACUGUGUGUAUUCAACGUACUCCGCAAUGCAUCAAACCGCCAACAUUUUCUCCUCCUCAUCUCUCUCCAACUUCCCCUCUCUCUCUAUCUCCCCGUGAACUUCACGCCAAUCCUCGCAUCCCGAUUCUUGCGGCGCAAUCCGACGUUCCGAUCGAAGGUGACAGGUGUAUGGCAAUUCUAACUCUUUGUUAAAGAGUUAGCCUGUGAUUGAAAACAAUGGAUAGAAAACAACAUAUUGCAAUAUUCACGACUGCGAGCCUACCAUGGAUGACUGGCACAGCAGUCAACCCUCUUUUCCGUGCUGCAUAUCUCUCAAAAGAUGGAGGGAGAAAUAUCACUUUGGUGAUCCCUUGGUUAUCAACAAAUGAUCAAGGAUUGGUAUAUCCUGGUAACAUCACGUUCAAGUCUCCUUCAGAACAGGAAACGUAUGUCCGUCAGUGGCUUGAAGAAAGAACGAGUUUUAAAUCUGCUUUCAGCAUACGGUUUUAUCCUGGAAAGUUUUCCAGCGAUAAAAGGAGCAUUCUUCCUGUUGGAGAUAUUGCAGAGCUCAUCUCCGAUGAAGAGGCCGAUAUUGCUGUCCUGGAGGAACCAGAGCACCUAACAUGGUAUCAUCAUGGGAAAAGAUGGAAAACUAAGUUCCGCCUUGUUAUUGGAGUUAUUCACACAAAUUACUUGGAAUAUGUGAAGAGAGAGAAGAAUGGUCGUAUGCAAGCAUUUCUUCUUAAACACAUAAAUAGCUGGGUUGUCAACAUAUACUGUCAUAAGGUUAUCAGAUUAUCUGCUGCCACUCAGGAUUAUCCCAAUUCUAUCAUCUGCAAUGUCCAUGGAGUUAAUCCCAAGUUCCUUGAGAUUGGCCAGAAAAAGAUGGAGCAGCAACAAAAUGAAGGCAAAGCCUUUAGCAAAGGUGCUUACUAUAUUGGCAAGAUGGUUUGGAGCAAAGGCUACAAGGAACUACUUAAACUCCUUGGUGAUCACCAGAAAGAAUUGCCUGGGUUUGAGAUUGACUUGUAUGGGAAUGGAGAGGAUUCUGAUCAAGUUAGGAAAGCUGCAGAGAAGUUGGAACUAGCAAUUAGAGUUAACCCGGGGCGUGACCAUGCUGAUCCCUUGUUCCAUGAUUAUAAGGUGUUCCUGAAUCCAAGCACCACUGAUGUAGUCUGUACAACCACAGCUGAAGCACUGGCGAUGGGUAAAUUGGUUGUCUGUGCCAAUCAUCCAUCAAAUGACUUCUUUAAGCAGUUUCCAAAUUGCCGGCAAUAUAACGACAGCAAAGGAUUUGUGGAUGCCACUCGGAAGGCACUGAGUGAAGAGCCCGCCCAGAUGACGGAUGAUCUAAGGUAUGAGUUAUCGUGGGAGGCCGCCACAGAACGGUUUCUGAAGGCUGCUCAGUUGGAUCAGGCAUCUUCGGCUAAUUUGUCCAGAACUCCUUCCAACACCUUCAUGUCCACUUCACUGAGCUUUAAGAAGAGAAUGGAAGACACAUCUGCAUAUUUACACUACGUGGCUUCUGGCUACGAAAUGUCGCGGCGAGCAUUUGGCGCCAUUCCUGGUAGCCUGCAACCAGAUGAAGAGUUGAGUAAGGAUCUUGGGUUGCCUAUGCCUCCUAGAAAGAGAGGCUCAAGAAGUUGAUAUGGUGAAUACUAUGAUGAAAUUCGGGAAAGUUUCUCUGUAGUGACUACUUUGAAAUUCUUUACUAUCAAUAAACUUGGUUUAGGGUUGUAAAUAAUACCGAAAGCAUGUAAGAGCUAUUCAUUCUAAUAUGAUUACUAAUCAAAUUUCUGUAUUCCAUUUGCAAUCGAAA